ACCCUUCGUUCGCCGAGGCGCGCGCGAUUUUAAACGUCGAAUAUGGCGGACCGUGCCGUACGAAAUGGCGGGAAUUUUGAAAUGGCCACCACUCUUUUCAGAAGCACCAGCGUUCGCGCGAAGCGAGCGGUCGCGAUAACGAGUGCUCGCGUCGAUAGAGACCGGAAACGAUGUGAAGGAAAGGAAACGAUGAAGUGCAGCCACGGAAAUCAUUGACUGUGGCGUCGAGGUUUACGAACGUCGUGCGAUACUCCGGUAUCAACGGCGACGUUUACGGGAGGGAAGCGGCGGUUUCCCCGACCGCGGAAAUGAACGUUAGGCGACUGUGCACCGUGCCGGGGGGUUGAACACGUGACGUACGGGUGGUUUCCAGUGCAGCGGCGGCGCCGUUCGCGAAUAUAGGCGGUUCGGUGUUGCUUGAAAUGGACUCGGUGGCGGUGACGGUGCCGCUUCGUCAGCCGACGAAGAAAAUGAAGAAACGGAAGGAGCUCGACGCCCUCGCGCCCCCGCACACCGUAUCCCGACGGAGUUCUGGAAAACGUAGCUCCCAAGAGUUACUAUCAGAUAGCAGCGACGAACGAUCGGAAUACUGGAAUGUAUCGACUAGAAAUGGCCGAAAAUGCAGAGGCAGACGAGGUCGAGCUUGUCCCGGAAUUUUUAAAGCUUGUAGUGCCUUUCUGGCUUGUGCCUCCGUAUUAGCAACCGCUAGUUUAAUUUGGCUGUUCAUCGAUGUUCGUCAGCAACUCACUGCUCUUCGGAACGAGCUGGACCAAGUAAUCGCCGGUAGCGAAGGUGUUCCAGAUGCCCUGCAGAAGUGCCACUCCCUAUCGAGAGAUCUUCAGAACAACCAAACAAUUAUUUUCUCUCAUCUGACCGAUUUUAAGCUUCAAAUCAAUAAUUUUACGUCGCAGCUAGCCGUUAUCCAGCGCGAUCGGCAGAGCGUAGAGGAGUGGUUCAAAGCUGCUCCAGAACUGGCCAACGUACCGACGGACUUGAAAGCACUCUCGAGUAGCGUGGUAUCGUUUGGCAGCCAAAUACAAGACUUGAGUGCCACCGUGAAGACCUUGAAGGAGUUCAACGUAAGGGUGCAGGAUGCCCAGACCACUAUGCAGCAAAAUAUCAGCAGUAUCAAGAACGCCGUGUCGGAGUUGUCCAACAUCACGCAGAAGCCGCAGACCGUUGCUGCCAACGAGACAAAAAUAAAGACUGACGAGCUAGAGGCGGCGAUAAUACGCUUAACGACUAAAUUGACGCGCAUCAAUGAAACUCUCACCAGAGAGUUGCGAUGGUUCUCCGACGAUUGGAGCAAAGACCAUAAAACAUUGGUCUUGCUUCAGGAAACGUCGCAGCACGUUAGCAUGAAAGUGAUAUCUUUGGAGAACGAGUACGUAAACACUACCGCGUCUGUUGAAAAGUUGAAUAACCAAGUGAGCGAGAUUUACGCGGUGAACGCGCAACUAAACGACAGGAUGAAGCAGCUGGAACAAUCGUAUGACACUUUGAAGAAUUCAACGAGUGCGAUGCUCGCUGCGAUACCAGGUGUUCAGAGUCAGAAACUGAAAAGACCUAAGAGCCUGGAAGGAUCGAUCGUUGGGGACGUUCCGAUCGAACAGGAUCACAGUGCGUCUCGGAUGACGAUCUAUCCAUAAAGAACUCGACGAGUAAAUCAAAACGAUCCAGGGUAACCCCGUAAUAUAUUUUAGACGAUAUAUUGCGGAGAUACUUGGGCGAAGAAUCGUUUUGCACGAUGUAGCAACCGUGUCUCCAAAUACGAAGAUGUGUGUAUUUGUAAAUAUUAUCGAAUUAAGUAUGUUGAAAUUCCAUGUAUAUAGAAAGAAAAAUAUCGAAUGCCUCGGGCUAUGUAAUUCCGGUGCACAGAAUAAUCGGCGAGGAUUUAAUGCUCGAUUAUUAUACCGAAAUGUGUUUUACGAUCAAACGUGAACUAAGGGAGAGCUAUUUGUAACUAGCAAUAACGUAUACGUUAAUCUAGUAUUGUGAAAAUCGAAUACCGUGUAUUUGAAGCAUAUUUUCGAAUACGACGGAAUUGCCAAUCUCUAGAGGAUGCUGUAUGUAACUAGCUGAGUAUUUGAGAUAUACCAUCGAAAAGUACAAAGAGCGUUUACACUUGUUCUUGCGUUAUGAAACAAAAUUUAGAAACAUUUAACACCUCUCCCAACCCCUAAAUGUCCAUGUAUAAUUGCAAUAAAUUUUUCUACUCUUCUACCGUUUGUAGCGCAGUAUAGGCCACGAAUUUGCCAAACGUUUUGGUAACGCUAAAGAAUAACCCAAACUUCUGCAGAAUUCAAAACUUUAGACCCCUCUUUUCUCCUACGUUUAUAGAGAACUGAUCGAUUUAGUACUAUGUAUUGUAUUAUAAAAAAAAGUGAGGUUAUGGCAAGUACAUUAGCCAUAUCGUACCAAACGGAUUAUUCGAGGAUCGAAUGGUCCGCGAAUGAAAUAGGGAGCAAGAAAUUUUGUGAAUUCUUUUUGUCGAAAUUAAAUAAAAUAUAAAACAAGGGUGAUGUAUGA